AUGAUGGCCGGGCCUCCAUCAGAGCAUCUCGUCUACCCGGGCGACUUGACCCUCAGUGAGUCGCCACUCAGCAGCCUGCCACCCGGCUUCGAGGUGCAAGGCGGGCUGUAUAUUUACGACUGUUUCAACCUGCAUCUGCCCGUCGGCCUGGUGGUCGGCGGCGACUUUACGCUCUCGUCAACCUGGUAUCGCACCCACUUCAUAGAACUGCAAAGCGACACAUGUGUGGGUGGCGACCUGAGCGUGUCGUCCACGGACUUGCCGGGACUGCCUGAGCGCCUGGAGGUCGGCGGCAUCGCCAUCUUCUAUGGGUGCAGGUCCCUGAGCUUGAAGAACAUCCCGUCUAGUGUCACGAUUAGAGAGGGUGUCAUCAAGGUCACCAACUGUGAAAAAGUGUGGGAGGAGUUUGAUUUGAAUCGUGACUUGGGAGAGCACUAUGGCACGAUCGAUUUUCCUCUCCGAGGUGCAUUGACGCUUCGUGUGUGCCUGGGCUGCCUGGCUUGA